AUGAACGUGCCGUACCAUACGGUUCUCGUCAGCGUCAACGACUUUCUGCUGCGCACCCAUCCAGGAGGCAGGGAUAAAUGUGGCGUCGCCACAUACUUCCUCUAUGCAGGCAUCGGCGGAGCCGUUGCAGGGGCGCUCACAAACCCACUCGACGUCAUAAAGACGCGACUGCAGACACAGGAAUGCUACCUGGACGCUGAAACAGCGAGCAAGACGCGGUAUAAGGUGCGUGACUCUCAUUUAUCAUACGUCAACUAA